UUGUUGAGUGUCAGGAGCUAGGUUCAAUAAAGUUCGGCCUCAGUAAUAGUCUCGCGAGAUGUGACCAAGUUCAUUUGCGUCACCAGAAAUGGCGGCUGGAAGAGAGGGAUUAUAAAAUAAGCAUUGUCUUGGUGACCAGCAAGCAGCCAAUCCCAGCCAUGUCUCAGCGAACCCAUGCAGAGCUCCUGCUGGAGAAAUUGCGUCAGCAGAGAGACACCGACUUGUUGUGUGACAUGACAAUCACUGUGGGUGACGUGCCGUUCCGAGCACACAGAAAUGUUCUGGCGGCGUUCAGCCAGUUCUUCUCCUCCAUGUCUGACCCAGCUCAACAGGACACGAUCCUUGACCCGGAAGUGGUCAGUGAGCAAGCUCUAGAGAGCCUGCUGGAGUUCAUCUACACAGGAGCCAUGAACAUUGACAGUGAAAGUUCUGAGGCGGUGCGCAAAGCGGCCGUCUUCCUCGGAAUAUCAGAGGCGGAGCAGUAUAUAGAACAAACUCUUCUUUUACCUGUGUCAGAAGUGCCCAUCCAAUCACAGGAAGUCAUAGAGUCCGACCCUACUGUCCCCUCCCUCCCAGACCCACCAUGUCCUCCAUCCCCUGCUAGCCAUGAGGAUUUAGUGGCUGGUUCUGCCUCUUCCCUGGGAGAUGAGGCGAAAGAAAUGGAGGCAGACGAGAACAGGACAGAAGUGGAGGACAACAGCAACGAUACAGAGUACACCCCACCCGACACCAGCUCUCCUCAGAGAGGCCCGGGCAGGAAGAGGGGACGGAAGCCCAAGGCCCCACCUGGUGAACCGACCUCCCCCAGCAGUGCCUCCGAGGACGUGGCAGAUGUGGUAAAGACCCAGAGAGGGAGGGGCCGGGGCAGAGGAAGAGGGAGGGGGAGGGGGAGAGGAAGAGGGAGAGGGGGAGUAAAGAGAGAGGAGCUCUCAUUUGUGGAUUCUGACCUCCAAGCUAUAAAGAAGGGAAGAGACGUUCCUUCAGACCAGAGUCCUUCACCCCUGAGUUCUCUUGCCAAAAGACCAAGAAGAAACAGUGGAGAAGGGAGAGGGAGAGGAAGGGGCAGAGGAAGGGGGAGAGGGAGGGGUAAACUGAAAGGGAACACAAGCGACGAAGACUGGGAUGGGGUCGAAGUAGAAGACGAGGAGGAGGAGGACGAAGAGGUACGCAAGCAGCAAAGAGAGCAUCCUCUGUGCAUUCAGUGUAACAAAGUGUUCUCAGAGUACAGCAGUCUGCGUAGACACAUGCGGAUUCAUAAAGGCCUGAAGCCCUUCAAAUGCCCCAUUUGCUCCAAACACUUCAGACAAGGGAACCAGCUGAAGACUCACAUGCGCAUACACACAGGAGAGAAGCCAUUUUCCUGCACUCAGUGUGAUAAGAGUUUCAUCCAGAAAUGUCAACUGGUGUCCCAUUGUAGGAUGUACCAUGGAGAAGAGAAGCCAUACCGUUGUGGAGAGUGUGGUCUGCAGUUCGCUACCUCAACCAACUUCAAGAUCCACUGCAGACUACACAGUGGAGAGAAGCCGUACGUGUGCGAAGAUUGCGGGAAAGCGUUCGCCCAGCCCAGCACCCUGAUCUAUCACAAGAGACGACACACGGGCGAGAAGCCCUACCAGUGCGACACCUGCGGCAUGUCCUUCUCCGUCUCCUCCUCUCUCAUCUCACAUUCGCGGAAGCACACCGGAGAGACUCCGUACGCGUGCACGGAUUGUGAGAAACGCUUCGCGUCUGUGUCGGAACGGAACAAACAUGCACGUUCUCAUGGGAAAGGGGCUGUUGUGCAGUGUAAUUUGUGUGGGAACAGCUUUAUAAGCAUUAAGAACAUGCUGAGACAUCAAGACAGGGUGCAUGCUGGUCAAGGUGUAGCAUUCCAAGAGGGAAGCAGCCAUCUCAACAUUCCCAUCGAUCACCAGGGGCUCAUCUCUCGCCUGCUACCCACCGCUGGUGCCGAACCCUCCAACCUGGACUCUGACACCCAGACUGUUGGGGUCCAGUCCGGGUCUACUUUCAUUAAAUUUGAAACUGACUCCUCUAACCCGAACUUGGACAGUCUGGAAGCGAGCAUUGUCAUACCAAAACCUGACCCUGACAACAUUGAGCCUAAUUAUGGCCUCCACAUAGACAGCGUUGACACUGGAAUCCACCCAGACACCCUCCGUGCGCUGGUGGAGCAGCUGAGGGCAGCCACUCCAAUGACUGACAAUGUGGAGCAGAUUAUUAUCAUUGAGACCCAACAACAUUGACCAACGACCCUCUGCAAUAAACUCUGCUGUGUUUUGAACUUUGAGCAGUGAAUUUGUCUAAGCUUCUAAAACAAAAACAAUCACCUGUUCUGUGAAUAUGAUUAUUGUUUCAAAUUUGUCAGACAGGGCAGAGAAAGAUGCUUCUUUCAAAAUAUUAAUUGGACAUGGGUGUUUUGGUUUUAUUCCAGAGAUUAUGAAUCAUAACACGUUUUGGUGGAGAAUAUUUUGGGAUGUUAAAUAAAUUAUUUA